CCCGAAGAAUUGAGGGAAAUACAUACAAGAAGAGCUCUUCCACCUCGAACAUUCCCCCACCCCAUCCCCACCAACUAACCAAUCACCAGCACAAUGUCCAACAACGACAUCUACCAAACGCCGUUGGCAUCCCGCUAUGCCUCGGAGGAGAUGGCCCAGCUCUUCUCCAACAAGACACGUUUCCGUACCUGGCGUCAGCUCUGGGUGUGGCUAGCGAAGGCGGAAAAGCAAUUGGGACUACCCAUCUCUGACGAGGCUAUUGCCCAGAUGGAAGCACACCUCGACCUCACUGACGAGGAUUUCAAAGUCGCUGCGGAGGAGGAGAAGCGGAGACGGCAUGACGUUAUGGCGCAUGUACAUACGUUUGGACAAGUCGCCCCGGCAGCGGCGGGGAUUAUCCAUUGGGGUGCCACUAGUUGUUACUGCACCGACAAUGCCGACCUCCUCUUCCUCCGUCAGGGUCUCGACAUAGUCCUCCCCAAGCUCGCCAACGUGAUCUACAAACUCUCAAAUUUCGCUCUAGAGCACAAAGACUUGCCGGCACUGGGCUACACCCACUACCAACCGGCGCAGCUCACAACCGUCGGGAAGCGGGCCUGUCUCUGGAUCCAAGACCUCCUCUGGGACCUUCGCAACCUAACCCGCGCGCGCUCCGAUCUCGGCUUCCGCGGCGUGAAAGGUACGACUGGGACACAAGCCUCCUUCCUGGCAAUCUUCAACGGAGACCACGACAGAGUCGAAGAAUUGGACAGACUGGUCACUCAGCUCGCCGGCUUUGAAUAUGCAUACCCGAUCACCUCACAGACCUAUUCGCGUAAGGUGGAUGCGGACGUCAUCUACGCCAUGAGCUCCUUCGGCGCGACGUGCCAACGCAUCGGCGGGGACAUCAGGCACCUGGCGGCAACGAAGGAAAUGGAAGAACCUUUCGAGAAGGACCAAAUCGGCUCGUCGGCGAUGGCAUACAAGCGCAAUCCCAUGCGCAGCGAGAGGAUGUGCUCCCUCGGCCGACAUUUAGCGAACCUGUGCAAGGACGCCUUGGAUACCUACUCCCAGCAGUGGUUCGAGAGGACUCUGGACGACAGCGCUAUCCGUAGGAUCGACAUUCCCCAUGCCUUCCUAACAACCGACGUCCUCCUGCGCAUCCUCGAUAACGUCGUUAGCGGACUGGUAGUAUACCCUGCUGUCAUCGCCCGUCGCAUCAGGGAGGAACUCCCGUUCAUGGCGACGGAGAACUUUAUCAUGCGCAUGGUCGCCCUCGGUGCUUCGCGUCAAGACACGCACGAGGCCAUCAGAGUCCUCUCCCAUCAGGCUUCUGCCAUCGUCAAGCAGGAGGGUAAAGAUAAUGACCUCAUCGAGAGGAUCAAGAAGGAUAAGUUUUUUGAACCCAUUUGGGGUGAGAUUGACGGCCUGAUGGAUCCCAGGACUUUUGUUGGUAGGGCGCCCGAGCAGACGGUGAAGUUUAUCGAGAAGGAGGUUAAAGUGGCGCUGGAGCCGUGGACCGGAGCGCUAAGUGGAGAGGUUAGUGAGUUGAAUGUUUAGAUUUGUCGAAAGAAGGGGGAAAUUUUUCCGGUGGAGUGGAAUGGGCGAUUCGUUUUUUUGUACAGUUUCGAGCUUUCGAGAAACAUGGGGUUAGAUAGAAGAAGGUCCCCAGAAUAUGAUAAGUGGCCGGUGAGCUGUGAUAUUGCAUGUA